AUGCUCCUGGUGAUGGCCAGGGUGGCCCUGACAGCCCCUGAGCGAGCAGGCAGCGCAGGACUCAUGUCCCUGCCGAGCCCUGCAUGGCCCCAGCGAGAUGAGCUCCCUGCCUGCAGCACUGCCACCGGCCUCCCACCACCCUCAUCCGACAGCGACUCCGGCUGUGCCCUGGAAGAGUACCUGGAGCCCCCCCCGGACCCUGUGCCACCCGAGGUCCCCCUGUGCCUUGGCACCUGCUCGCCGCCGCCUCUGUCGCCUGCCGCCAGGACCCAGCUCCGCGCCAGAGCCCUCCUGCAGCAGCUGCCUCCCCAGGACUGUGAUGAGCGGUACUGCCCCGGCCUCGCCGAGGAGGAGAGGAGGCAGCUGCGAGCCUUCAGCGCCCGACGGAGAAGGGAGGCCCUGGGCCAGGGGCUGGCAUGUCCUGUGCCAGGUCCCUGCCAUGGCUGCCCCUGCAAGAAGUGUGGCAGGAGGCUGAACAAAGGGGACCCAGGGAUUCUGGCAUCUCGGCUGGGGGACCAGUUCUGGCACCCAGCCUGCUUCUCCUGCCACUUCUGUCACCAGCCCCUGGUGGACCUCAUCUACUUCCAGCAGGAUGGGAGGAUCUACUGCGGCCGGCACCACGCUGAGCUCUUCCGCCCUCGCUGUGCCUCCUGUGACCAGCUGAUCUUCAUGGAGGAAUGCAUCGAGGCGGAGGGGCGGCGCUGGCACCUGGAGCACUUCUGCUGCCUGGAGUGCGAAGUGCCCCUGGGCGGGCAGCGCUACGUGAUGCGGAGCGGCCGCCCCUGCUGCCGCGCCUGCUUCGACAGCCUCUUCGCUGAGCCCUGCCAAGCCUGUGGGGACCUCAUCGGUGCUGACAGCGAGGAGGCCACCCACCAAGGGCUCCACUGGCACGCCCGAGCCUCCUGCUUCUGCUGCAGCCUCUGCCGCAAGCCGCUGCGGGGGCAGCCCCUCACGUCCCGCCGCGGACGGCUCUUCUGCUCCGAGACCUGCAGCCUGGGCCGGGAUGUGUCCUCCGCCGCCUCCAGCACCACCUCCGAUUCCUCCGACUCCGCUUUCGCUUCGGCUCCAUCCCCCGACUCGACUCCGCUCUCCCGGGCUGGCCCCACCGGCAGGACCGCGGCAGGGACGGGCAGCGCCUCGGCGGCGGGGGGCUGCAGGCAGCGGGGGGAAGGGGACGAGGCUUUUCUGGAUCCGGCCCCUGUGCAUCCAGCAUUCCGGAGCCUGGAGGACCACGGAGCAGCUGCUAAGGAGCAGAGCAGGGAUGCUGUGCACACAGGGGGGCAGGGACCACCACCCGGCCACCCUUCCACCUCCCAGCCCAAUGCAGAGGGUCCCAAAGAGCCUGGAGCCUUGGGCCGCUCGGUUUCGGGGGGCCCUGCUCCCCCAGCACCCCCAGGCGAUGGAACGCCGCCUUUCCGAGGGGGCACGGCCCCGCCCCGGCACGGCCCUCUGCUGGACGGCAGCGACCUGCAAGACGUCACCGAGGAGGAGGACUCCUGGUGCCCUACCUGCUCUUCAUCUUCGGACUCGGACGAAGAGGGAUUCUUCUUUGGGAAGCCCAUUCCCAAACCUGGGAUGAAUUCCCUGGGAAGGGAGCCCCCGGGGAGGGCUGGGGGCAGGACAGUGAAGCCACGGGGCAGCAGCAAGCACUGCAGUGUGUCCUAGCAGCAGGGACUGGGGAGGGGGGGUCCUCAACUGGCACUGCCAGCCCCUGCCAUGGUCCCAACGCAUUCCCAGUGCAUUUUGGAUGCAGCCCCAGGCUGGGGGGGAGAAGCCACUGGGAUCCUUUCCCCACUGGCAGCUGCUGGCAAAGCACAGCCUGCAACUCCUGGCAGUUAGGAACAGGUAAAGCAGGCAGGGAGCAGAGAGCUGGCAGCCUGGCAUCAGGGAUCCCAUCCCAGAAGGCAGGGAAGGGGCUGGGGGCUUAAGACAAGGGCAGCUGCCUGCAUCGUCCUCCUCACCGCACCGUCCUGCUGCCUGGGGGGCUGCUGCUGGGGACCCACGGGGACAGGAGGCAAGCUGGCCCCCAGGCUCACAUCCUCCCCUGGGACACCUCCUUGAAGGGGGAGCACCACUGCCAGCUGCUUUCCAUCCUGCUGCCAGCGUGGGGAGGGCACCGGGGGGGCAGCUCUGCUGCUG